AUGUAAGAUAUAAGAGUUGUUUUUGAUAAGCUCGAAGGAUAGUCCUUCGAGUCUGGAAGCAUGAUUUUAAAAGCUAUCUUCUUAAAUAGAUAAGUAAUGCUUAAAACAAAUUUUAAAGAGAUAGCUGAUCUGUAGUUAAAUUUAGCGAGAUAAUUAGGUAAUAUUUAUACUGAUAGAUUUCAAACAAUCGAAUUAGAGUAAUUAGAAGUAUGUGGUGGAAUACUUAUAGAUUAUUUUUUUGAAGAUGCUUUAUCUUAUGAAUUUAUUACUCAUAAUGAUUACUUUUAGCAAUUCUUUUCUAAGGCACAGAAAAUUGAAAAUUAAGAAGAGGAUUAAAAUGUAAAUGCUGCUGUUAGCAAGCCUGUAGCAAUUUAAUAAUAGAUUUAGAAAAAUAACCUAUUAAAAGAGGAAAACAAUCCAGAUAUUUUAGAAGAAGAAUAUGCUCCUUAACCUAUCUAAACGAAGCUAAAUGACUAAAUGAAAAUGACACAGCAAAGUUAGAAGAAAGGCAAUUAGUUUUAUGAUAUUGAAAAUAACACAUUUAAUGAAGAUGAGUAUAUUGAGAAUGAAGAAAUAGUAAUAGUUAAUCCUAAAAUAAAAAAGAAGAAUAAUACUAAUUAAGCAAAAUUAUAGAAUGCCCAAUAAAACUAUGGAAAUUUUAAAGGAAAAAAAGUUUAGCCUACUUAAAACAUAUACUUAAAUAAUAGACAAUUAUUAGAGGAAAAAAUUCAUUAGGAUAAAAAAUAUAUUCACUCAUCAAAAUAUUUUCGCUCUAAAAUUAAGUAAUAGCUUAAAUUUCUUUAUAAAAUCCGCAAGAAUUUAAAUGGUUAAACUAUUUUAAAUUGCUUUAAUUGUUACAAGUGCCAUAAAAAUAUGUAUUUUGGUAUAAGAUGCUUUAAAUGUAGAAGAGAAGACAUGUAUUUUUGUGAGGAUUGUAACACUAAAUGUCCUAUGUGCUAAGUGCUUUUAAAGAAAACUAACGAUCAUGUGAAUAUAUAUAAUUUUUAUAGACUUAUGAGUAACAGUAAAAUUACGUGCAAUGCUUGUAUAGAAGAUAUUCCAUUGAUUAAGUAUUAAGAACAUUUGUAUUUGUGCGAGGACAAUAUUGAAAAUUGUAAACACUGUCGUAUGAGUCUUCAUUACAGUUAAUUAUAAAAUCACGCUUAAAGUGAAUGUGAAUAAAGACCCGUUAUUUGCACAGUUUGUAAUGCUAAGUAUCCUAAAUAUAAACAAACCUCUCAUAAAUGUAUAAAAACCUUCUAUAAUAUUCAAAAAUAACUUAAAAAUAAUUUUCAAUCAUUAAAACAAUAAAUUGACAACUAAUUUAAUAGCUUAUAAGAUAAAUUAAAUUAAAUGCAACAGAUAUAAAACUAGCCUAAUAGAGCAUCAUCCUUAUUCUUUUGA